AUGAACGGAGCGAAGCAAAAACAAAGCGAAAAGAGACCGAGACCAAACCAGACAGAACAGAACAGAACGGAUAUAAGGAACGAAUCGGGGGACUGGACAGAAGGAAGAGGUUUUGGAAUAUCAGAAUUUGUCCAUUACGCUUUUUCCUUCAACGGAAAGAGCCUCGGUUCUCGGCCCAGUGCCAGUCGACCACCACAGUCCAUCUCCGGUCGCAUACGCCGCCGCGGCCAGCACGGUCAACUUGCUGUCACGGGCGGAGCUCCGAUAGUGCAGACCCUGCAUAUACUGUUGUCUCUCUCCCAAAUCAUGUCUAGAAUUAUUAGCAGAACUGCUGGACUGCCGGUUUUCAGCUUGGGGAGAAGCGCUUAUCCAAAAGCGUUUAUUCAAAAGAAACGAUUUUGCACUGCAAGGUCAUCUCUGGAGCCCCCAGAUGUUGCACGCUUGGCUGAAACGGCUCGCAUUUCCCUAACCCCUCAACAAGUUGAGGAGUUUGGUCCAAAAAUUCGCCAAGUAGUUGACUGGUUUGGGCAGCUUCAGACGGUUGACCUUGAGAGCAUUGAACCGGCCCUAAGAGCAGGUGCUCCAAUAUCCUACUUUCUUUCUUCUGGUCAUAUGUCUUAUGAUGUCAGAACCAAUAUAAACUCCUCGAACUCGGAAAUACCAUUUUAUAUGUUACACUUCUUCCAGUCAAAGGGUAGAGAAGGGAUAUUAGUAUACAAUGGAAAAUACUGUUUCGGGUUUAAGAUAAAUGCUACAAAUGAAGUUGUGAGUUUGAAAGAGAAUACUGAAACCGACAAUUUCCGAGAAGAUGAGCCAGAAACUUUUGAAAAUAGGGAUGCAGUAAUAGCAGCCGUGCCCACCUAUGACGAUCCUUAUAUCAAAGUUCCGAAAGUGCUGAACAAAGAAUCGUGAAUAGUUGAUAUCGUCUGCAUAACUUGUUUCGGUUUGUUUAUGGUUCGUAUGUUCUUCAGCAAAUCCGUAGACUGUGCUUUGAACACUUACCUUGCUGUAGUAUUUGUUCUGUUUUUCAGAAAACCAUACAUGAACUAAUUAAGUGAUCCUUUGUGGCUGAGAAAAUCGAAAAGGUAAGUAAGGUUGAUGAUUUGAAAAUAAUCAUGUGAGAUUUGAUCUUAAAUUCAAAGAUCAAGAGAAAAAAGAAAAAAAUUCGGCUAUAAUUGACUGAUUGACUCAUUGAUAGACUUUUCUCGUCAAGACAGUUGUAUACGGAAAAAAUUCAACCCAAUUGGAGUUUGUUUCUCUAUUUGAUUUUGCCAUCCAAAGUAAUUUGAGUCCAAAUUUAUUGUUCCUGUGUAUGGAACAUUCUGCUGCUAUCCAACGUUUGUUCAAUCAGGUGACCCAUAUUUGGAUUUAUCUUGUUGAGACAGUCGUGCCCAUAAAAUUGCAGCCUAAUCGAAGUACAUUUGCUCACACAAAUUUUCGUCUACAGUGAUUUUACUCGUUCUGUGCUCGUACUAAUUCUUGCUGGUGUUAGUUUUAGUCGAAUGACUGUCAUGUACUCGAUUAUGGAGA